CAGGCUCUGGUUGUGCUGCAGCUGUGAGAGAAAGGCGCAGCAGGUUGGGGGACAGGACAGAGGGAGGAAGCAAGCAAACAGGUGUAGAGGGAGCGCAUAAAGAGAGUGGACUUGAAAGGAACAAGGUUGUUGGGCAGCAACGCGGCAGAGGACUGUUGAAAUAUUCAGAAACAGUCCAAAUGGAAAAGGUUAAGACAGAAAAACUCAGCUUUGUGUCUGCUAAACACGCCAGGAUGGAGAGUGACUCGUGUGAUGAUAGCCAGAGCGACAGUGGAGUUUCAGCGGACUUCUCCCCAUGCAGCACUUUGGAGGGCACCUCCACCAUCUCUAUGGUCUCUCCAGCAGCUGUGCCCAAAGAGACUCCCAUUGAGAGGGAGAUCCGACGGGCUAUAGAGCGUGAACACAGCCUCAGAAGAUCCAGAGGGCUUCCGAAUCCAUCCACUUCGCCAGAGUACGUAGAGAUCCCUUUAAGGAAAACUGUUCUCUGCCAGUCCGUAAAUGCUAAGUCUGAGAGGAGUCAAGGCAAAGACAGGCAGUUUACAGGCAAAAAGAUGCAGCACGAGAUCCACGAGGAGGCCCAGAGGGAACAGGAUCUAGUGAAGCUUGGGAAAGUUCCAGGCUUCUAUGACAAAGGCACUGUGCGCCAACUCAAGGAGAGAAAACAGCUUUUUGAGGCAUUUCAGAAACCCAGUGACUUAACUUUGAAUGUGUCAACUCGGAGUAAGGCCACGUCCUGGUCCUCCACCAGUGACAUUUCAACCCUGGAGACCCAGGAGGACAUCUCCUCCCAGGCAUCCACCAUAGGAGGCUCAUAUGUGGAGAGGAUUCCCACACCGAGCCCAAGCUUAGCCAAAGAAGGGGGCGCCUCUGCUUGGACUCCCAGAGGACCAGGGUUCUCUGAGGGGACAGCCUGUCAGGUCAUCAUCCUAGAGAGCAAUCUGAGUGUUCCAGCGCAGAAGCUCUGCCACGCCAAACCAGAGGCAGAGCCCGUCACUGUAGUCGAUUCUGGAGGUGCUGACAUUUCAUCAUCCAGGAGAAGUGGACAUGGUGGGAUUAAAGUGAGAGAACAGGAAGAGGACGAGGAGGCACCUAAGGAGAACCCCUUUUUUAAGCUGCGCUCCUCAACAAAUUUAAUUAAAGUGGAGCAGGACAUCCGGGAGGCUCAAGAGAGGGAAAAGGAGCUUCACAAGCAGAGGGUCAGUCUGUAUGGGGGCACAGGAGAGCGGGUAGGAGGAGGGAAGCCAGUCACCACGUUGUCCUCUUCGCCAUCACUGAAUGGACUGGCUGUUCCUGACUUACCUGGCUCGUCAUCCAGAGGGGGAACUAGACCCACAGCAGCACGCCAGUCAGUUGGCAAGUUCGGCAUGUGGCCCCCGGCCCAGGCUGAAGAGGAGAGGAUUGACCGGCCAGAGGUCCCCCAGAGUCCCCGGACCCCGAGACAGAAGACCCCUCUGGUACAACAGUGGGAGUCAGGUCUAGUCAACGGACACAACAUGGAAGACAACUGAGGAGAUGGUGAUGGAGUGAAAAACUGGAGUAGGGAGGAAGGUUACCCGAGACCCGUAGUUUAUUUUUAAGUGAAGGGCUGAAAGACUGUGAAAUAAAAAAAGGAGAGCAGUGUAAGGAAAGUGGGAGCAUACUAGAGGAGGAAAGAGAGAAUGUGAAGCGAGAAAGAGGUCAGGGAUUGAGGCUACAAAGGGGGUCAGGAGGAUUGGGAGCGAGGAAAAGGAUUGGUGGUGGACUGAAAACCCUGAAGAGUCCUUUAUCGAGGAGGAGGAGGAGGAGGAGGAGGAGGAGGAGGAGGAGGGCCACCUAUUAGUGGAUAAACCCUUGGUUUGUUUCUGGUGCUGGAAAACUCUGAGACUAAUGAAUGUAAAAAGGCAAAGAAAUAAUAAUAACUGCACUGGAGAAAAGAAAAUUGUAAAUUUAGGGAGAAUGGGAUUUUCAAACUCUAAUGAAGUUCUUUACCAUUUGGAUUUUGGAAUAAUAAUGAGUUAUUUGUUUGAUGAAAAUAGCUUGAGUGAAAUAUUUUCCAGCUCAAAAAACAAUGCGUCAUCACCGAUUUUAUGUCUUCAGCGAUGUCUUACACCGAGAUUCUUGUUUAUUACACCUGUACAAUCUAAUGCGGUCCCAUAUGAUAGUUGACCGUGCAAUAAAUCACAUCCUUUGUGUAUCUCAGUCUGUUAUUGACAUUGUGUCAGAGAGCUGUGGAUUCAACUGUAUAGUCAGUGGUGGGGUUGUAUUUGAUGGCAUUAUAAUGGCCCAUUUACAUAUAUGAAGAGACGGAAACUUAGAAACACCUUUUUAGCAUAAUGGAUGCAACACCAACACUCACUAAAAAAAGGACCGGCUUCACAAAGAUAAUUAACCUCAGCGCUAUUGUCUUCCUUAUAAUUUGGUAACUCUUCUGAAUUAUUGCACCAGUCGUAAUCCAUUAAUGGGUCCUUCUUUUGUUAUUUGUCUCGCAUCCCCACUGAAAGCUGGAUUACAGUGCAUUAAAGCACCUUCUUGAGGAAGGAUUUCAGAGCUGGAUGAUGCCACA